AUGUCGUUGAAGGUUGACGGAUUUGUGAAGCCCUUCAAGGGUAAGCACGACGACUGGGACAUGUUCUGGGUCAAGUUCCAGGUGAUCGGCGAAUGUUCUGGUUGGGACACCGAGGAAAAGCUGAUGAAAAGGCUGCCCCUGUUCUUGGAGUCAGAUGCUCUGUUAGUGUACUCCAAGAUGCCGACAGAUGACAAGAAAGACAAAGCCAAGGUGGUGGAUGUCAUGAAAAAGACAUUUGGAGUGUCACCAGGAGAUGCUUAUCGCCAAUUCAGUAGCCGGCGGUACCGGCUGGAUGAGACGCCUGAGGCGUAUGUUGCGGACUUGCGCCGCCUGCUGUCUGCGGCCGGCCACUCCGGCGAUGGUGAUGACAACGCCGUCAUCAUUGAACAGCUGCUGGCGGGGCUACCUGUCCACUUGGAGCGCCAGAUUCGCCUCUCGUGCGCUGGCGUCAAGUUUGCGGUACCGGACAUUGUGAGCAAGGUCCGUGCCCUAGCCGUUGUGGAUUCGUCCAGGCCUGAUACGGGGAUGGCAGCGGCAGCCAGUGGCAGUGCUGCGCCCCGAGGUAGCAGCAGCAGUGGUGGCACCAGCGCUAGUGGACAAGCUCCCAAGGCCAAGACACUGUGCUACUUUUGUAAUGAGCCCGGGCACAUCCGCCGGAACUGCCCGAAGCGGACUGCUAGCCGAGGGACAAUGCAGUGUGUGUUCUGCGAUAGGACCGGGCACGUAAAAAAAGACUGCUUCCAGCGGAAGAAGUGGCUGGAGGCGCAGUCGGCGAACGGCGUGUCAGCAGCAUCUGUGGGCGGCGCAGACAAGGUGCUCUGCCUGCAGAAUCAUGCCCGUGGCGGACUACCACGCAUAUACACAGAUGUCUUGUCUCCGGGCGGAAGUUGCUAUCGAGCAACUGCUAUCGUGGAUACUGGUUCCACCCGCACGCUUAUUUCUCGUGCUCUGCUCGCGCACUUGCCUGAUGUGCAGUUGUCUCGUGCCGACAGCGAGUCAACCAUCCUCGCGUUGGACGGUAAGCCCCUUGAUGUACUAGGCUCGGCGCAGCUGCAGUUCCACCGCAAUGAUGGGCCGGUGCGCAUACCCCGCACAUGUGUCAAUGUACUUGUCGUCCCGAAUUUAUCGGUGGUGGCUGCUGAUGUGUUGCUAGGCAACGACCUUGUUGCACGGUGCGGUGGCGUCAGCGUGUCAUAUGACGACGACGGCAGUAUGAGUCGCGUAGUUUUCGGCGAGCAACUGCCUGCUGCUGCUGCAGCCGCUGGUCCGGUCACUUCAACUGAUGCUGCUCUUGCUGACACCGCGUCCAAGCUGUCGCGUCAUGUUUCUGUGUCACAGGAUGGUGAUGACGUUGUGCUCAGUGUCGACGACGGUGAAGCUCGCUGGGUACCUAGUAAGCAGUGCUGGGUGAUGUCAUGGCGUUGGAAAGAGGACACUGCUCCUGUGUCUACAAUUGGCAGCGGCAUUACUGAGUACGGCCGGAAGCACCUCUCGCCACAGCAGGAGGAAAAGUUUACUGCAGCGGUCGAUGAGUGGGUUGCCAAUGGUUGGCUCAUUGAGCGUAACCCGGAGGUGCAUGGAAAGCCAGCCUGUGUUCUGCCCCUGAUGGCGGUUGAGCAAGAGCACAAGCUUUCAACUCCUGUUCGGCCCGUGUUGGACUACCGCCACCUGAACCGGCAACUUGUGUCGCACCCAGGCAAUGACUCUCCUGUGUGUGCGGAAUCCCUGCGGUCAUGGCGUAGCCGUGAAGACGAGCACGAGCUGUUAGACAUCAGGAAGGCAUAUUUGCAAGUGCAUGUUCGGGAUGAUUUGCUGCGUUAUCAAGUCGUCGUCUGGCAAGACAAGACCUACGUAAUGACCCGCAUGGGUUUCGGCUUGUCUGUGGCCCCCAAGGUCAUGGACAUCAUUGUCAAGUAUGUGACCCGCGACAUGCCAGAAGUCGACAAUUAUGUGGAUGACGUGAUUGUCCCCAAGCCUCUGUCUAGUGCUGUGUCUGCCCGCCUCGCUGCGUACGGCCUGCCCACGAAGCCUGCGGAGGAUGUCAGUUCUGCUCGAGUGCUGGGUCUCCAGCUGUUUACCGGAGCGGAUAAUGAGUUACAUUGGCGCAGACGUGAUGGUGUGCAGCUCGAGGUGGCUGAUGAGAUUACCCGACGGGAAGUAUUCAGCUGGUGCGGGCGAUUAACCAGCCACUAUCCCGUCUGUUCCUGGCUACGUCCAGCCUGUGGCUACCUGAAGCGCCUUGCCAGCGUUAAUAAUGCGUGGGACAAGCCAGUGUGUGACGCUGUGGUCCAUUGCUGUGCCGAGCUCCAGGCUAUGCUGGACAAGGCUGACCCAGCGACCGGCAAGUGGGCAGUGAAUGUGGAAGCACGCGACUGUACUGUGUGGUGCGAUGCGUCCGACGUCGCCUAUGGGGCGCUGCUAGAGUGCGAUGGGGCGGUAGUUGAAGACCGUUCCUGGCUUCGCCCUGCUUCAGAUCGCCGCCACAUCAAUGUCGCCGAACUGAAUGCCGUCCUGAGGGGCCUCACCCUCGCAACUGACUACCGUGUGAAGACAGCGACGGUGGUGACCGACUCCAAGACUGUGUACGGCUGGCUGUCGGCGCGCCUUGGGAACAUUCACCGGGUGAAGACGAACAGCCUCUUCGACGUUGUCGUAGAGCGGCGCCUGCAAGCAGUGGAGGACAUCGUCGCAGAGACCGGCAUGCAAGUGCACCUUCGUUGGGUGCCUUCUGCAGAGAACAAGGCCGACAAGUUGACGCGUGUGCCUGACACGUUUGUACGCUGCUGGAGGAAGCUUCAGCCGAGCGCCUCUCCUGCUGCUGCCUCUGCCGCCGUCUCAGCGCCGUCAAGGCAGGUUGUAAGUGCUGUUCUCUUGCAAGACGUGUUGUCUGCUCAACAUUCUGAUGAACAGAUUUCCAGUAUUAUUGCUGCUGUAUCUUCUGGUUCCGACAUUGUUGAUCCUGCUUUUAAGAAAUUACGGACUCAACUUCUUGUUUCCGACGGCGGUUUGUAUCGCCGUGUUAAGGUGCCCCCCAAUGAUGAGCAGGUUGUGCCUGUUGUUCCCCAGUCCCUGCAGCGUCGAGUUUUGUCUCGUGCGCAUGCGAUUUGUGGUCAUGCCAAUUGGGAGACCACUUGGAAGCUGCUUCGUUCUGGGUGUUAUUUCCCUAACAUGGCUGCUUUGUGCCAGUCUGUUGUCCAGUCUUGUUCUGCGUGUGCUGCCGCUAGUUCCAAGCGUGGUCCUGUUGCCACGCCGACCCGUCCGGUUAGUCCUUCUGGACCCUGGAGUGUUCUGCAGCUGGACACCCUGGAACUUGGUCCCAACAGGAGUCAACGCUACCAUUGUGUCCUGGUGUGCACGGACAUGUUUACGAGGUGGGUGGAAGUUGUUCCUUUGGCUCGCCAUGAUGGUGCGUCUGUGGCUUCUGCUUUUGUCGAUGUGUGUUCCCGCUGGGGAGCCCCUGAUGUCGUGAGGUCGGACAAUGGCACUGAAUUUGUGAAUCAUGUUACUGUGGCACUGUACAAUGCAUUUGGAGUGGAAGUGCGCCGUGGUGCGGUGCGGCACCCGCAGAGUCAGGGUGGUGUUGAGCGGUUUCACCGCACAUUGUUAACAUUGAUUCGUAAAACAAUUACUGAGUCGGAUGAUUGGGCUUCUGCGUUGAGCGUCCUGUUAUACUAUUAUCGUGUGCGUCCUCACGCUGUUACUGGUUUGUCCCCGUGUGAGGCUAUGUGUGGUUGGAUUCCCCGUGGCCUUGUUGUCGAUUGUCCGCAGCCUGAUGUGUCUCUGAGUGCGUGGGUCGAGAGUUUGUGUGUGAAGUCUGCUGCUGUGCGUGAUUAUUUGGAGGAGGAGUUGUCUGCUACCGAGGCGUCACUCCCUGAGUCUGCUGCUAGUGCUCCUGUUGCUCCCUGUCCGUACAGUGUUGGUGAUUCUGUCUUGUUGCUGCGCCCUAGUCGCCGCCAGAAACGCACGUCACCGUAUGAACCUGGCUGGGUGGUGUCCAAAGUUGUCUCUGAGUCAACUGUUGUGAUUGUGCGCGACAAUGACGAUGCCCGUACUUCGAACAAGCUUGUCAACAUCGAGCUGAUCAAGUCUCAGCCUACUGAUCGUGUUGAUGAUGAUGACGCUGCAUUGUCUCUUUCUGUUGAGUUGUCUGCUGUUGAUGAUGGUGUUGUGCAGCCUGUUGUUGCUGCUCCUGUUGAGCCUGUGCCUGCGAGAGUUCUUCGUCCUCGUGCUGACAUUCAGCUCCCCGUUCGUUAUCGUGACUAA